AUGUUGCUCCCCGCCGCUUCCCUGCCGGCCGGAAGUAGCGCUCACUUCCGGGUGCGCGCCGGCGUCCGGGCCCAGGAGGUCGGCGGCGGCAAGGGGAGGCGGCGGCGCGGGGCACGCUGCCGAGCCGUCCGAUGCAGCCCGGGGACCCGGGAGCUGCUAAGAGUGAUGAUGGAGGAGUCAAAGCUAACGUGUUUCCAGAGGCGAUACCUGAUGGACUGUGUGAAACGAGGAGGUACCCUGCCCCUCCAGGUCCAGCCCAUGUCAAGCAAAGAGCCAGAGCUUGCAGUGCCUGCUUUCUCCCCACCAGUCUGUCAGCGCAGCAGGCUUGCAGCUAAACCACAUCUCCGUCCUGCCAAGGUCUGCCAGGCAGGAGAUGCCUAUGUCCGAGAGAAAUUCAAGCCACAGGCAAGGCGAGAUUUGGAAAAGGAGAAACAAAGGCUCCAAAACAUCUUAGCAACAGGGAAGGAUGUGGUGGAGUGCAACAUGAAUCAGACUCAGGUUCAGACAAAGGAAGAGGAGAUACCUGAGCCUGACCGCUUUGAAGAAUUGGUGAAUGAAGUUCAGGAGAGGAGGGAAUUCCUGGCAGAGAUGGAAGCUCUAGGACAGGGCAAGAAGUAUCGAAGCAUUGUCCUCACUGAAAUCUCACAGAAAAUACGUGAGAUGGAGAUCAUUGACAAGAAAAGAAGUGAGGAAAUAAGAGAGAGCAUGACAAAAGACUUCCCUAGUGGGAACAAAUCUGAUCCCUGUGACUGGACCAAGGGAAAAACAUAA